CGACUACAGGAACUGCCAUUAAUAUCAGGAAAUAUUGUUCCGAAAGUAAAGGAAUUGCACGAACAUUUGUUAAUUGGAACCAUUGUGUAACUUGCUAUCUAAAUCUGAUACGCGAGCAUGCAACAUCUGGUCUGUUAAAUUUGCUUUAAUAUAAUGUUUAGGUUUCUUAAAGCAGACUACUAUGUUGGUAUCGAUACUCAUGAAGUGUUUUCAAGACGUCAUUCUUCUUUAAUGAUGAUGGAUUACCAAAAGAUUUGACGUGAAGCAGCAAUUUGAUACGAAAGGACAUUUUUGAAAAUUGAUCUUUGAUAUUUGGAAAUAUUUUAGUGAAUAAAAGUGGUAAUGGCCGAAAAUAGAAGUUUCAAUAUUUCUAUGGAUCAGAGUGCAAAUAUUUCAAUUGACGAUUUAUUGUUACUUAAUUUUGGACCUCGGCGACAUGACUUACCUGUUGAAGUUACGUUGUUGAUAGUUUAUUCUUUGAUCUUCAUAUCAGGAAUUGUGGGUAACAUUUGUACCUGUAUUGUAAUCGUGAAAAAUAAUUACAUGCAGACGACAACAAAUUACUACCUCUUCAGUCUUGCUAUAUCAGAUGUUUUAACGCUUAUAUUUGGGUUGCCACAGGAAGCUUAUGCUGUAGUAGAAUCAUAUCCAUGGAGAUUUGGAGAGCCGUUUUGUCUUUUUAAAAGCUGUUUGUUUGAGAUGACGGCAUAUGCUUCAGUCUUAACAAUAACUGCUUUUACUGUUGAGAGAUAUAUCGCUAUUUGUUAUCCAUUGAAAGCCCAGAAAAUUGCCAGCCUCUCCAGAACAAUUAAAAUUGUAAUAACAAUAUGGAUCUUCGCAUUUUUCUGUGCGCUGCCUUAUCCGAUACAUACACGAGCAUUUUAUUAUCUUCCUGACUAUAAUGGACAUCCGGUUUUGGAUUCGUUGCAAUGUAACAUUCCACAUCAGUGGGUGCCAAGGAUGAAAAUUGUUUUCCAGUUAUCGACCAUAUUAUUCUUUGCCCUUCCAAUGUCAAUGAUUACAGUAUUGUAUAUAAUGAUAGCUCUUGCCUUGAGAAAGACAACUUUGAAUCGAUCAGGAUCGGAUGAUGCUAAGGGAAGCCAACUUGCAUCUAUAAAUGCUGUGUUAAGAAUGUUAGUUGCAGUUGUUGUAGCAUUCUUUGUUUGUUGGGCACCAUUCCAUGCACAGCGACUAAUGACAGUGUAUGUAACAGACUGGAGCAGUCCAAUAAACCAGACAAUACAACGUUACCUCUUCUAUAUAUCAGGUGUUCUAUUCUUUGUUGGGUCAACAGUGAAUCCUAUGCUGUACAAUGUGAUGUCAGUUCGUUAUAGGCAGGCUUUUAGAGAAACCUUAUGUUGCUGUCUGAAUGGCGGUAGUAGAAACAAUAGAGCUGCAUACUCUUAUAAUUAUAUUAAACCAACAAAAAGACGACUCAGUAAAGACGUAGUAAUGUGCUGUCGGAAUGGCAUUAAUAAACGAUCGUUUGACGAGGAAGAUGCUAACUACACAUCACCUAUUGGAAACGGAAAUUUCAAGAAGACGGUGUGUCCAUCAUGUGACAGGGGCAAUGGUAACCAUUUUGGUAUAAAUGAUGUACCAGUUAUUCAGAAGUGUUAUCCACCAGCAGAACUUAUAAGUUCGAAAUGUGCUGACACAAACAUUUGAUUAUGUUUAAUUCGAUGGUUAUUUGAAGUUAUCACAAAUUCAUGGUUACCGGUGUAGUGUCAAA